GUAAUAAGUUGAAGUUGAAGUUGAAGUAACACAGUUCCGAAAAAAGCGAUCUACAGUGAACAGAAAUUUAAAAUUUUCGCAAGCAAAUAAAGCUAAAAAUAUUUUUUAAAAAUUAAGAAUAAAUAAAGUAUAAUACUUCAAAGCAUAAAAGUGUGUAAGAUGUCGGCAAAAUCUUUGUUCUCCUUGUUGUUGGCAACAAUUGUCAGCAGCGCCUUGGCACAAUCGCCUGUGGAUUGGCAGCCACUACUCGACCAGCAGAACUUGGUGCUACGCCAGGUGGUGCAGGCAUUGCAACUGACCCGUAGCGGUGCUGGCGAUACCGAUGCUUGCUUCGAUUGGUAUUUGGAUAAUCAAACCGCGAUCAAUGAAGUCUACUACACUGAGUACAACCUGUGCGUCAGCGCAGCAACAGCGGCAAAGAAACUGCUUUCGGAGCAAAGUGCUUUGGAACGUCAAGAUCUUUUGGACGAGGGUCAGUCACUUUGCUCAGCCUUGAGCGCUUGUGAAAGUUUCACUGAUGGUCUGCAGUUCUUCCAGUGCUACAAUCAAGCGUCUUCCACUAAAAGCCCGACUUUGUUUAACAUAUCCGUCACAUCGGAGCGCAUUGCUGACAAAUUGAAAAUUUCAUAUCAAGCCAUCAACGACACCGAACGUGUGUGUACUACUAACGCCCGUGUUAAGAACGUGGAAGACUUAAGUGUUAGUAGAGCGCAUCUGAACAACUGUUUAAUUGGUACGUGGAGCCCCCCGGAAACGACCGACGCUGCCACGGCUUCAACCGACACUACCACCGAAGCAACCGCAUCGACUGAAGCGCCCGGAUCGACCGUCAUUUCCCCUGAAGCAACCACUGCGAGCGACGCUCCAACAUCUGAACCGUCAGAUGGCAGACAAGGCUUACCAGAGGAGGACUUAUUUGAUUUUAGCUACAUGACAAACAUGCUCCAGAGGAAACUGAAUGGACGUUUUUAAUGUAAAAUGUUCAUAAUGAAAAAUAUAACAAAAUUUACAAAUAUAAAUAUAUACAUAUACAUAUAUACAGAAAUUAUAUAACAGCAAAGU